UAAGAGACUUCACCUAAGGAUAUAAGGUGCCAUCCGGCUAAUCCAGUGAUGGUGAUUACACGGAUUACCAAGGAAGAACGUGCGGCGAAGUAACAUCAUUCACUCUCUCAAUAAAUAUUUUCGCCAAAACACCUACUUAGAUAUUUCAUGACUUGAUCGUUGGAGCGUUAAUUCCGGUAUCAACUCGGGUUUUUUCUUUCACACGUGAACACAUCACUCCCAAAUCGAUCACCUCUUGAGAAGAACCAAUACUAUUUCAUCGGUGCUUGGCGGACGGGUUAGAAUUAUAUAUGUACAUUGCAUUUUAAGGAUUUAAAAAUUCAAAUUAUCUUUUUGUAAACACUAAAAUUGUUUUUUUAAUAUGAGUUUGAGAUGGGAUUAACUUUGAAUUGAUUUACACUUAAUUAAUCUUAUAAUGUAUGGUAUAGCAAUGUCAUGCAUUUGAAACGACACCGGAUCGUUGGCUGUGUGAAUUGAGACGUGGUACCCUACAACCUUGUUUUCUCCGACGUGUACGAAAAUAAUAUUAUUACACAAUCCCACCAAAAGUACAACAUUUUCUCCAGAAACCCUAGAUUUUUUAUUCACUACAACAAUUUCUGUAAUUAAACCUCUAUCUGAAAAAAAAUGGCUAAGAAUCGGGAACCGGAGAAGACCGUGGAAUCAUCGGAAUCGCAUGAGGAAGAAGAUGACGACGACUCGUCUGAAGAAGUCGGGUCACACGAAUCCGACUCCGAACCCGAACAGACCCAAGUUACCAAAAAGCCCUCGUCUUCGACACCGGCUGCAACCCUAAAAAAAGCCCAACCGCCGUCCUCCUCCAAACCCCAGAAGCAGCUGCCUGCGUCCUCUUCCUCCGGCGAGGACGAGUCCGGAUCCGAGUCCGAUUCGGACUCCGACGGACCAGAUCCAAAGGUCAAGCCUUUAGCAACCAAGCCCAUGGACAGCUCACAGAAAUCCAACGCCGCCGCUAGGAAGCCCGGAUCCAAAUCCGCAGCUUCAGAUCUCGUUACUCCGGCAAAAUCCGCCGCCGCAAAACGCCCUGCGGAGGAGAAAGAAACAGAGGCGAAGGAUUCGAAGAAGGCGAAGAAGAAGGCCACCGAACCCGAGAGCUCCGCAAAAAAAUCCACCGACGAUUCGAAGAAACAGCUUUUCCAGAGGCUGUGGAGCGAAGACGACGAGAUCGCAAUUCUAAAAGGGAUGACCGAUUACACCCUAAAGAAGAACUCCGACCCGUUAGCGAAUAUGAACGGGUUCCAUGAUUUCAUCAAGAAAAAUCUGCAUGUGGAUGUGACCCGGACUCAGUUGAGCGAUAAGGUGAGGAGGCUGAAGAAGAAGUACGUGAACAACAAAAAGAAAGAGAAGGGAGGCAAAGACAGGUCAUUCUCGAACCCCCACGAGCAAAAAGCAUACGAACUGUCCAAAAAGGUGUGGGGGAACGACACCGCGAAAGAAAACGGGGUCGAGAAAAUCGUUACGACCCCGACCCCGACCCCGACUCCGAAAGCAAACGGUACCGCUGCGAAGAAGACGCCAGCAGCAGCAGCUAAGGCGGCGGCUAUUGUGGCCAAGGCUGAAGAAGAGGCUGUGGUGGCUGUGAAAAAGGAUGUGCAGAAUUUGUCACCAGCCACACUGUACGCCGAUGGUGGAUCGGUCGAGAGCAAUAUUUUGAGGAUGGGUGAAGUGAUGUUUGCAUCGGGAAAAUGGACCGAUAGGGAGAAGGAGUGGAACAGAUUGAAGUUGGAGGAGGUUGCUAUUAUCCAGAGGCAUUUGGAGAUCAAAACCGCACAAGUGAAGCUUGUUUUGGAUGGUUUGAAGUCUGAUGAAUGACCACUGAGUUUCCGGACAGGUGUUGCUUCUUGUUAUAAAUUAUGUGAACUUUUGUUAUUUUUAUGUCUAUGAAUCGUUCUUGUUUCGAGGCUAAUUAGUUUGUACUAGGUUAUAGCUUUCUUGAUUGGCCUUGGUUUUUCUUUUCUAGUUAAAGAUUAUGUUCUGCAUGCUGUAUAAUGAACUCCGUUGAUAUUUAAUGUAGUAUGUUUGUGGU